UUUUAAACUAUGGAUAGUUUCAAAACUCCUUUAAAAAAUAAACUCCCUGAUAAUGUGAAGAUUCAAAUACCCCCGAGUCCACUUAUGAAAAAAAUUGGAUUUGGAACAAGUGUUGUUGUAUAUGAACUCCAAAGAUCUCCCAUUCCCGGAAAAUUUCGGUCACCAUGGGCCAUAAAAAAGUUAAUUCGGUCCCACAAAAAUAGAGAUACAUCGACUUUUAUUAACGACCGCCUCAAAAAUGAGGCAGAUAUACUUCGUAAAUUGGAUCACCCAAAUGUAGUGGGCUUUAGAGCUUUUACCAAGGAUUCAGAUGGAACUAACAUUUUAGCCAUGGAAGAAUGUACCAGUUCUCUAGGUGAUCUAAUUGAAAAUCGUUUGGACUAUCUGGGAGAUGUACCUUAUCCCAGUGAUACUAUCUUAAAAGUUUCCUAUGAUGUAGCAAAAGCUUUAGACUAUCUGCAUAAUACUGCCCUAUUGCUGCAUUGUGAUAUUAAAUCUUACAAUAUACUUGUUAAGGGAGAGUUUGAGGUUUGUAAGAUAUGUGAUUUUGGAGUUUGCUUACCAUUAACUAAGUCAGGGGAAAUGGAUAAAGAUAAAGCAGGAGAAGACGCAGAAUAUAUAGGUACACCUCACUGGUCUGCACCAGAAGUACUUCUAUGUAAUAGCACUAUUACCACAAAAGCAGACAUGUAUUCUUUUGGACUAGUAAUUUGGGAAAUGUUGUCUUUAACACCUCCAAUAGAUGAUGACUUAAUUGAAAGUACUGAAGAUCAUGAUUAUUCAGAUGACCUGCUCCCUAUAUCCAUAAAAAAAGAACUAACAACUGUUAGACAAAGACCUCCUCUUCCUGAUGUUGAUCUGGGACCAGAAUAUAAUUUAGUGUUGGAGAUUUAUUUUUGUUGUACUACUGUUGACAGUAGCAAAAGACCAGAUGCAAAGAAUUUAGUAUGUCUGUUUAAAGAAGCCCUUCAAACUUAAACUUGUUUGAAGAUUAUUUAUUUUAUUUUAGGUAAUAAGUUAUAUUUUAAUAAUAUAGAUCUAUUUUUAUAUGUAGGCUUUGACACGAUCUGAUAUGAAAUGUAUUUUUAUUUACGAGAGAG